AUUUUCCCAGGCAGUGGUUGCAACAUCGCCGAGGAGGCAGCGAGACGAGCUGACAGCGCGGAGUUGGCGCUGCGGAGCGCAGGGAGCCGUGCCGGUUCCUCCGGCCGGCGUCUGCGAGGACAGCGGCGUCUGACGCGCUCGGGUUCGGGGAUUCACACAGACGUGGAGCAAUGCUUGUGACUCUGCGGCUCCUCAAAGGCCCCUAGAAGCCUGUUUCUCAGCACAGUCCAGGACCUCCAGACCCAUGGAGCCCCCGAUCCCACAGAGCGUCCCCUUGACUCCCAGCUCAGUCAUGGUCCAGCCUCUUCUUGACAGCCGCAUGCCCCAUAGCCGGCUCCAGCACCCACUCACCAUCCUCCCCAUCGACCAGAUGAAGACGAGCCACGUGGAGAAUGACUACAUAGACAACCCUGGCCUGGUGCCCCCCACUGGCCCUAAGCGGACCCGGGGAGGGGCGCCAGAGCUGGCCCCGACGCCUGCCCGCUGUGACCAAGACGUCACCCACCACUGGAUCUCCUUCAGCGGGCGCCCCAGCUCUGUGAGCAGCAGCAGCAGCACGUCCUCUGACCAGCGGCUCUUAGACCACAUGGCACCACCGCCCGUGGCUGAGCAGGCCUCCCCGAGGGCUGUGCGCAUCCAGCCCAAGGCGGUCCACUGCAAGCCGCUGGACCUCAAGGGCCCAGCAGUCCCACCAGAGCUGGACAAGCACUUCUUGCUGUGCGAGGCCUGUGGGAAGUGCAAGUGCAAGGAGUGCGCGUCCCCCCGGACGUUGCCCUCCUGCUGGGUCUGCAACCAGGAAUGCCUGUGCUCAGCUCAGACCCUGGUCAACUACGGCACCUGCAUGUGCCUGGUGCAGGGCAUCUUCUACCACUGCACCAACGAGGACGAUGAGGGCUCCUGUGCCGACCACCCCUGCUCCUGCUCCCGCUCAAACUGCUGCGCCCGCUGGUCCUUCAUGGGUGCUCUCUCCGUGGUGCUGCCCUGCCUGCUCUGCUACCUGCCUGCCACCGGCUGCGUGAAGCUGGCCCAGCGCGGCUACGACCGCCUGCGCCGCCCUGGUUGCCGCUGCAAGCACACGAACAGCGUCAUCUGCAAGGCAGCCACCAGCGACGCCAAGGCCGGCAGACCCGACAAGCCUUUCUGACACUUGGGGUCGAAGCCCCCUGGAAACUUGGCUCCCUUCUGACAGCUGAGAAGACCACAGCGAGGCCAGAGGUUUUAGCAUCCUGAGGCUGACCUUGCUCUUCUGCCCACUCCCCACCCCCAGCUUCUGAAGAAACAGAGACCACCAUCACCCACCCAUUCUUCCCCAAAAGGAUAAAGAAGCGCUUUGGGGUUUUUUCCAGGGUCCUGGAACUUUGUGUCAGACAGUGGCAGGGGUGUGGUGUGGUGUAGGGGGAUUUUUCUUUCCCAGAAGACGGAACACAGAUGUGGACACAUCCGGAAGUUGCAGCUGCUUGAAUGCCUUCCCAGUCCCUCCUCCUCCCUCCCUUUUUCCCCCCUUUUUUCCAUUCUCUUUGGCUGCCUGGGAGGAAUCGUUAACUGAAUGGCCAGGGGACUUUUGAAGAAGACCCUUGGAAUCUUGACGUCUGUACCUUCUUCUCCUCCUCCUUCCCCCCAGUUUGCCCCACGAUCUCGGGGAAGGUGUAGACCCUAGCAAUCCCUGUUGUAUAUACUUGGGUUCCCCCUGAGAAAGGAGGAUGGCCGGUGAGUCCAGGCCUUGUUCCUCACUCUGCCUCCCCAGAGCCACGGACGGAUUUAGGAGCCACUGCGCAGUGCAUUUCUCCCUUCCAGCUUCAUCACUAACUCUUGGGGGUGUUCCACUCAUAGCACCGUCCCUCGGUUCUUUCCGAGUCACAGACUCACCUGCCCACUACGUGUCCCGAGUUCUCUCUACCCAGAUCCAAAAACUUGAUGGGUAGAGAAGGCCGGGCGGCAAAUGCGAGACCAAAUAUCAUUUUGCCAGUGAGUCUGAGGCUGUGGUCUCUGGAUCCAGUCAUUAUGUUUUUAUAGAAUAAUUAACCCAGAUGCUAAUGGUGUUUUAAAAAAUAAUAAUAAAACACUUGCUUCCUUUUGGGCCACCCCCAGGAAGGGCUGAUUUCAAAAUCUAGGGGGCGAGCAACCUCAAGGAACACAAUCCCCCUCCCCACCAAGAAGAGGAUUUUAACAGCAAAGAAGAGAGGCAACACCUCCCAUUGGCAGAGGGACAGUUGAGCCGAGCUGGGUAUGGGUUCCUUCUCUUCUGAUUCUGCUGCUUGCUGUCAUAGCCUUUUGUGUAGAGUGAUGUGUCUGUAUCUUUAAUGUAAAUAGACAGAUGAUGAAAAAAGAGUCUAUUUUAGUGUUAGGAAGCCCUGGCGGGGGAGUCAGAAGAGCGCGAGUUGGGGAGAAGAUUCUCCAGGGGCUUCUUAGGAUGGAGCCCUGCUUCUGUGCAUGGCCACACCACCCCCUCCCGACAGCCCCCAAAGACGUAGCAACUCUUUCUCUCAAGGUGCUAAAGGACUCAGAAAGUGCAGCACGUCCAGUGGGUAGGUACUUGUUGCAUGCAAAAGCUGUAGUGUGUCUGGUCCUCCCCAGCUGUUGUGCGGGGUUUUUGCUUCUUGUAGUAUUUUGUGUUCCUCCCCAAUGAAAGGAAGUGGCCUGGGUCCGAAAAGCUACCCCAGGUGAAAUUGGAGGUGCAUUCAUUAGGCAGCAUUUCCAGUUCAUUCUGUAGGAGGAGACCUGCCUCCAGGAAAGGGCGCAAAGAGGCAGGUAGCUGUGAUUGGCAUGCACCCGAUGCUUCUCAAGACUUUCUUUUUUUCCUUCUUGAAGACUAGUAGUAACAUCUUAUGAUUUAGAAUAAGUUAAUUGUAACCAUAGGUAUUUAUUGAUCGGAGGAGAGGAGGGGAGGGUCUUAUUAUUUUAGGCUUUAUUUAUAUAACAUUUGCUAGCUUGUAAAAGGCAAAUAUGAAAUAUUGCAUCUACAUUUUCUAAGGCUGAUUCACGUAGCUCCCUUGCCACAGUUGCGAUGGAUGUGUGGAUGUUCUUGCACAAAUCGGAGGGGAUAGUAGAAAAAACACAUUCAGCCAACCACUUAUGCUAAUUGAAUGUAUCAGAUGUGUACUGAAGGGACUGGAGAUGUCUUCCUCAGAAUAGGUCUGCAGAGGUUACCCCAAAAAGAGGGCACACGUCCACUCUUGGCGAGACCUCGGACCCUUUCCCAGAGCCCUCCCUCAGAUGUCUCCAUGGGAAACUUGACCCAGUGGCAAGAUGCACUUUGGUGAUCUUGGUGUUCUACACGCCCAUUCUGUGGAGAGUUGAUUUACAUAAGCUGUGUCUACACACACACACACACACACACACACACACACACACACACCCACACACACCACCGAUCCUCUAUCUACAUAGACCCUGUUUCCUGGCAAACAGCCUCCUGAACCCUGACUUUAUGUGUACAUAGUUGUAAACAUGGA